GGUGCACACACCUGGGAUCAACCACGCCGUAAAUAUUAUAAAGAAGGAGGUGAGAUUGUGGUGAAAUCACGUCUUAAUGGUGUGGAUAUGUUAACUCCUCGUGAGACAUCCCUCCUGCAGUCCAGUACGCACGGGAUAAACCCCAACCUCUGUGCAAGGUCUCCUCCUCCCCUCCCCCUUGACGUCAUGCACCGAGCUGAAGCUAUUGCACGAAAAGAGCUGCUCGCGGCGCACCACUGAGAAUAUCUGUAUGCUUAUAGAACUGUGGAGUGUGCAAAGGAGGGAGAGCGAGAGAGCGCGCGCGAGAGAGAGAGAGAGAGAGGAGGAGAGGUGGAGGGAAUACAGUUGGAUUUGGAUACAACUGGAAAACUACCAAGCGCGCACAGCACGCACUGAGCGGAAGGCACAUCGACGGUGCGUAGCCAACAUUUCACCUUCUCCCCCCGUCCCCCGCGAUCGGAUUCAGGCGAGAAUGGAGCUCCCUGCCGCCGGAGAGCACGUCUUUGCGGUAGAGGGCAUCGAGAAGAAGCGCAUCCGCAAGGGCAAGAUAGAGUACCUGGUCAAGUGGAGAGGCUGGUCUCCCAAAUACAACACAUGGGAACCAGAGGAAAACAUCCUUGACCCGCGUCUCCUCGUCGCGUUUCAACACAGAGAGAGGCAAGAGCAACUGAUGGGAUAUCGCAAACGGGGGCCAAAACCAAAACAUCUUUUACUGCAGGUACCCUCAUUUGCUAGAAGAUCCAGUAUUCCUGCAGGUUUUGAGGAAUUAUCUCAGGAUGCAGAGGGUAGCCUCAAGUCCGAUCCUGUCCAGGUCCAGCGUACCCAGCCUCAACAGUACCAGCUGAACAGCAAGAAGCACCAUCAGUACCAGCCCAGCAGCCAGGAGAUGCCUGCUGACCAGCAAACCAAUGGCAAGAAGAAGUUCAUCUACCAGCUCAACAGCAAGAAGCACCACCAUUAUGAGCCUGACCUGAACAUGUACGACGCACAGGCCUCGAGGCUAAAAGAGGUGGUCAAAGUUCAGGAACAUGCCAGUAAACCAGCAAAUCCUGGCUGGAACUUACCGCUGGCCCUGCAGCAGAAAUGGGUUCGUGACAAAGACACAGGGUGCCUGAGCAAAGUCAAAGAGCUGGAGGUGAGGAAACCAGCUGUUAAAGAAGCUGAGAGUGAACAUGCCCUUAAACCCAAUCCUAAAGAUGCAACCCUACCUAGUGCUAUUAGCAGCAAAAUGAAGAUAAUCAAAAACAAAAACAAGAAUGGACGUAUUGUUAUUGUCAUGAGCAAAUAUAUGGACAGCAACAAGGUUCACGGAGGAAAGGGUAAACAUGGGGAAUCGUCGGGCGAAGACAAACCCCAAAACACCAAACCAUCAGAGGACAAUCCAGCACACACAGCCAAAAUGUUGGAGUACCCAGAGAAUGGUAUCCCCAAAGAGAUCUGCAAUGGCAGCUCCCUCCCUGCUGCAGAGCACCCUAUAAAGUGUUCCCAAAAGGACAGACAUUUCUCCAAACCUUCGCCUAGCACAGCAGAGGAAUACAACACCGAAGUGGCUCGUGGUCAGGCUGAUUUACCGGACGAUCUACCCCUUCAGCUGACUGCAAACUCAUCCAUGACAUCAUGGGCUGUUGACACCAACAUCCCGACCCCUACAGCCGUCGACCAGAUCAGGAUCCCUUCUUUUCCCAAUGACCGCAAACGAAAGCUAUCGGAUCCCGUGGAGGACAGAAGUGCUUCUAAGGCCUACCUGACUUCCCGAAGCUUCAGUGUCCCCGGCACUGUGGUCACGCCGCCACAGGACAAACCUAUGGACCUGCACUGUAGCGGCCCAUGCCACAGCAGUACAUGCACAUACGAGGUUAUGGCCUCUGGCAGCCAAGAGGAGCCCAUGGAUCUCAGCUGCCCAAAGACUAAGAAGCAGGUGGAGCCGGAUGUACAGCCAGAGCCUGAGCCUGCUGUCAAAAACAUGUCUCCUGUAUUAGAAGACGCACAGAAGUCCACAGAGAAACCUAAAAAAGCACCUGCUAAAAAAAUCUCCCCGUUUAUGGGAAAUAUCAUAAUCACAGAUAUCACAACAAACAGUCUCACCGUCACCUUCAAGGAAUAUGUUUCUUUCUGAGAGACUAUUUGUAAAAUUGGACUAAAAGUGACCGAUUUGUUUAUAUGUGCAUAUGUAAAAACUGCAGAAUUUUGUAUAUGUGGAAAUUUAUAAUUUAUCAUUCAAAUUCAAUAUGUUUCUUAUGUUUUAUACUUUAACUCCUCUAUGAUGUUGUAGCCAAGAAAGUGCCCUCGAGGAUUUGAGCGAAUGCAUUUAGGUGGAUGUACUCCAUCAAAAAACAAACAAACAAACAAAAAAAAAGAAUCUGUUUAUUUGUAAUAUGGAGCUUAAUAGGAUACUUUUGCUGUUGUUUCAUAAUUGUACCAAACUUAUAACCUGAGAUGUAUGAAGGUUUAUACAUAUUUUGUAUAAAUGAUAAUAAUAUCACUUAUUUUGGUCCUGAUAGCAGGUAGAAAGGAAGCUGUUGAGUGUAAGAUGAUCAAAGAUCACACUGAAAGCACUUAAUCACAUUUUCAUCAAUUGCUUUGUCAUUGGGAGCAGAAAAACACCUGUUUUAUUGUUGUAUUGUUGCUCCACACAGGUGCUCUCAGAAGGAAUUGGCUAAUUUUCAACUGUGAGACUCACUCGGCUGCAUCAAUAACCUUCAAGAAAACGUCUUUUCUUUUGAAAGGUUUUUGUCUUGCUAUCAGUGAAUAUGCCUUUGCAUACCGACCUACUUUACAUUGCACAUUUAACAUUUAGCAAACAUUUAUGGAGUAACAUGUUACCUGUACUUUCUCAGAGGUCAAUUAGAAAUGACCAUGAAGAAAAUGGUGUCAUUUAUCCAACGUGUGACUUCCCGUUAAGACAACAUAUUGAUUUGUACCAUAAUUAGGUUGUGAUUUAUUACCUUAUUGUUGACCUCACAUAUUGCAGGAGUUACUUUAAAAAUACUUGUUAGGAGUCUCCUAUAAUGUCGCACAGAGUAGCAAUAUUCAUCUCAUUUUGCAAUCAAAGCUCAUUACGUGACCUGACAAACACUUUACGGCUGUUUGCUUUAGAAAAAGCUACCAGGGUUGUUAAUGAGGAUGUUGCGCAGACUAAAUGUGAGUUGUGAGGCUGGCUUUGUGUACUGUUGUGUAUACUGUGGCUCUUUUUGAUUAUGCUGCUGAAAAUUCAUAUGUCAAACUGUUGGAUGUAAACCUACAUUUGAGUCUAAAUUGCCUUCCAUGCACAUUUAAUGCAAAACCAGUUAGAAUGCUACAGUGCUAUGACAAUAAAAAUGAAGAGUGCAUAUUUAUUGACAUUUAAUUUGUUUGAAAACAUUACCAGAUGUUUUCUGCAUCAGAGGCUGCAAGUGGUUUGCCCUUUUGGAAGAUCUUUUGCUUUAUCUUUUGCUUUCUUUUGUUUGUUUGUUUGGGGUUUUUUUUUUUGGCUUGCACUUGGUUCAAACUCAAAAUGUUUGUUUUAAAGUAUCUUCUACCACCAGUUGGAUGACUUAUUGCUGUUGGUACAGCUUAUUGGAUGGUAUGUUUCACAAUAAAGAAAGAGAAAUGACCUCUGA